AUGAUCGAGUCGUCGUCCACCGCAUCCUCUGCUGUGCGGCAGAUCGGCGAGCCGCUCGUCUCGUCAUGUAGGGCCACUCCGAACCCGUACAAGCGCUCGAUGCUGCGCUUGCUCGAGUGCGUGGGGCUGCAGCAUUACGGCACCCCGCGCGCCACGAUGCCGCCGCGCACGAGCGAGGAGGCGGCGCGUAUUGCUCAGCACUUGGACGAGGUGAGGGAGGCGGUAGCUCGCCACCAGGAGAGCGUGCGACGCCGCAACAUACACAUCAACAAGCGCAAGCUGAACAGUGAAGUGGUGCGUGCUAUGCAGUGUGCCGUUGCUGCCUCCGGUGCAACGGAGUCCGAUGGUGCGGGCGCCACUGUGAGCGAUGAUUCAGAGGCAGGUUGCAGCAGCAGGCCCGCAGAACUGCCCACGAUCUACCUCAGUCUUGAGGAAUCGGUGGAGUGGAAGGCGUUUCUUGCCAGCGUGGAGCCCGAGGAUCGCCACGCCGUGGCGGUGCUGCGCCGGCUUUCUGUCGCGCUUUGGUGCGCUCAUCAGCGCGAUCUUUGCUUAUGGUGCUGGUUUCCUCGCGAGGUGUGCAUGUGCGCCGAGUUCGACGCCUACCGUGCCACACUGCCGGCUGCCGUGCUGGAUGAGCAUGUGGAGGUGACCAUGCUGCUGCACAGUGAGGAGCUGAUGCGCAGCACAAACUCGGGUCACAUCGCCGCCUACCUCCUAGGCGCGCCUUUGCGCGUCUGGGGACUCGGCGAGGAUGACACAUAUCUGCAGCAACUGCCGCCGGUGGAGCACCGUCUGGCAGCGUGCUCAGCCGGAGGGCCAGCGGACGUCUAUCACGUCUCUCUUUAUCCAUCUUCGGACGCCGUCAGCAUCCACAACUACAUCCGAAAUGCGCAUCUCCACCAUUCCCAGUGGGACCGCGGAUGCAACAAGGAGGGGAGAGGGGGCGAGGGCAGCACUCCCGAUGAAGAGGUCGGCAAAGAUGGUUGUGAUAGUGGUGGUUGUGCCAACACGGCCAACACGAUGCCACGCGCACCCGGCCCGGCAACGGGGAGCAACAGCGAGGGUGCGGCCGUGUACCCCGCCCCACCGCUAGCGGUCGCAGGAAGUGGCUCACAUUCGCAACGCAAGGUGCACCUCGUCCUUCUCGACAGCACGUGGAACCAGGCGCUCUCCUUGAACCGUCACAUCACUCGUUCGAUCCCUCGCGUCUCUCUCGAGAUCGCCGAUGACUACGAGUCCCUCUUUCAGGCGCUGCGCAAGCGCACCCGCGAGACCUGUGUGAGCACGUUGGAAGCGACCAGCAUGGCAGUAGCGCAGUGUGUGCGGGCCAUGGGCUACGCCGCCGAGGCUGCAGCCACCUCACAGACGCUCUCGGACGCCAUGAAGAAAUUUGUGGACGCCCGAUGCCUUCUCAAGUACGCUAACGCGCAGUUCUCGACAAGCGGCGAGGCCCUUGACGCGUUCUGCAACCGGCGUGACAAUGCGCGUCGUAGGGAAGCCGCCCGUCGUCAGGAACUCCUUGCUGCCCAGAUGCAAGCAGACGAGAGUGCUCAGCGCUUGCGCCUCGCGCCUGUCUUGAACUACUGCUACGUCUGCGACUGCGUGAUUGGGUGGCAUCGCAUGGCAGAGCACGUGAUGGGCUGCAACCAUCGCACGGCGCUCGAGCGCAACCCCUCAUGCAUCCCCUCUGCCCUAUCUCGCAGUGUUGUGGUGCCGGACUUCUCACGCCCACGACGCCUGGCGGAGAACAAGAGAGGCACCGCAACCGCGCCUCAAUUCGGCGGCGCGGAAGCAGCGAGCGAGCACCUGCCUCACAACCUUACUUAG